UGUAAUUAUCCAAACAAGAGGAAUUUUUUCCUAAAUUGACCAUACCUAAGGAGUGGUUGUAAUUUACCCCAAUACAUGUAUAAAAGAGAUUACUGAUCACAAAGAUAUGUAAUAAUAUAACGAUGAAAGUUAAGGUUGUUAGGAGGAAGUUGAUAAAACCAUGUACCUCAACUCCUCCAAACCUUAACAAGUAUAAGUUGUCUUACAUGGAUGAGCGCAUCCCGCCGAUAAAUGUGGGUGUGAUUCUAUUUUAUCCUACAAAACAGAAAAUAAGGCAUCAAUUGGAAGAAUCUUUGGCCAAAAUCCUACCCGAAUUCUACCUUCUUGCCGGAAGGCACAUCACGAAUGACCACGUCGUCGAUUGCAGCGAUCAGGGUGCUGAGUUUGUAAAAGCAGAAGCCGUUGAUGUGGAUCUCACCGAUUUAUUGAAAAUCAAAGAAGCAGAGCUACUGAAUGAUUUCCUUCCAACCAAAUUCUACCAAGUCGACAAAUCUCCGACGGAUCCACUUCUGUCGAUCCAGAUCACGGAGUUGAUGUCGUGCGGUGCGCUUGUAAUAAGCGUCAGCGUUUGUCACAAGAUUUUCGAUGCGUCUUCUCUAGGGACAUUCGUUAUGGCCUGGUCCAAUUCCACCAAUGAUAAUAAUAAUAAUCAUCCAAUCGCGAUUUGCCCGAGUUUCGAGUCGCCGUUGUUGUUUCCAGGCACGAACCUGUCGCCUGUUAGGACAUCCUACGAUCCUAGUAUUGUUUUCAAGAGGUUUUCGUUCGGCAAGGAUGCGAUAGCAAGCCUGAGGAAGAAAUUAUCGCGAUUAGGGCCGCCAACGAGAAUCUCGAGAGUGCGUCUAGUGUGUGCGGUCAUGGCCAAGGCAUUGUUCGGCGUGGACCGGGCGAAGCACGAUGGAGGAGAGUCGAGAUCUUGCCUCGUGUCACAAGCGGUAAACAUGCGUGGGAGAACGAUCCAGCCUCUGCAAAACCACUCCUGCGGGAAUUUGGUAGUAUUCUCGCUCACGCCGUUCUUUAAUAUUAUUCCUCCGGCCGAAACAACAAACGGCGACGACGUUGUAAUUGGGAUUGAACAACUAGUCGGCAUUCUCGGUGAUUCUCUCGAAAGAACCAUUGCCGAUUGUGCUAAACCGUUUUCUCCGGGUUGGCACACCGUAAUGAUGGGCCCCGUCGCAGAUAUGUUUGCGAAACUAAGGAGUGGCGAGAUUAACUAUUCCAUCACAUUUAGCGAUUGGAGUAAGUUUGGAUUCUACGAAGCUGAUUUCGGGUGGGGGAAGCCUGUUGGGGCAGGGAUAGGGAUAAUGCCGCGUGAAAACAGCGUAAUACUAAUGGAUAACAAAGAGGGCGAUGGAAUUGAGGCAUGGGUGAAAUUGAAUCGCGAUGACAUGCCUCUCUUCGAGCAAGACGACGACAUCAAGUUAUAUACAACAUAAUGUCAUGAAACGAAUGAGAUAAUAUUCGUUUUUCCGUUUUCUCCUUCAGAAUUUUAAAAUUAAAUAAAUUCCACUGUAACGAUUUCGUUUAUGUUAAUGUUGUUAAAAUCUGUUCGAGUGUGCAAUGAUGCUGUAUAAUAUGUUAGAUUGAUUCGAGUAUGUAAUGAUUUCGAUCAAUUUGAUACUUUUCUAUGUGUAACAUGUUUUACUUAAUAAAACGAGGACACCUUUGCUAAUUUUUAUGAGGGUACUUGCUAGGAAGGUGCACGUGCAUUGCACGUGUCUUGAUUUUUUUUUAAUGUAACAAAUUAAAAAUGUGUUUAGAGAAGAAUUUAAAAAUAAAGUAAUGUUUGUUUUUAUUUUGAGGAGACACAAUUUAUACUGUGAUCAAAUCAUG